AUGCUCCGCGGCCAGACCCUCCCCUGGAGAGCUGCGCUCCAUCAAACAUCUCGUGCCUUAAUUCGUCGGCCGUUUCUUGCUUCGCCACGAUAUAAUGCCAACUUUCGAUCCGCAUUAGCUCCGGUGCACCUCGGUCGCCCUUUGUCGUCCCCCCGCACGUUCUCUUCGAGCUCCAUUCGACGGAAAGAGAAGCCCCCACCAGAGGACCAAAAGGAUGACCCGGAACAAAAGGACCCAAAAGAGACGAACCAAGAUGAUAAGGAUAUAGAGCGAGCUCCUGAGUCUCGGAGGAAAGCAGCCGACUCAGGGAAGAACGCCCCUGCCGAACAGGCAGGCUCCGCACGGAGAAAAGACCGGUCCUCUGGUGAUAGAGAGCAGCGGGGAUUAGAGGAGGAUGCGAAGAAGGAUACCAACGCAGCUGAUGGGAAGGGCGAUUCAAAUCAGACGCCAUCUCCCAUCCCUCCUAGCGGUGGUUCGGCCGACUCCAAGCCCAGCAGCGCAAGCGGUGGUAAUGGUGGUAAUGACGAUAAUGGGAAGAAGGGCAAGAAAGGCUCUGGGGAAAGGGCUUUGCAGAAGCCGGCCGUUCCGGACGUCUAUCCGCAGGUGAUGGCGAUCCCCAUUGCGAAGCGUCCGCUGUUCCCGGGAUUCUACAAGGCCAUCACAAUCCGUGACCCGAAUGUCGCCGUCGCAAUCCAAGAUAUGAUGAAGCGAGGCCAGCCGUACGUGGGUGCCUUCUUGUUCAAGGACGACAAUGCCGAUGGUGACGUGAUCGAAAACCUGGACGACGUCUACGACGUUGGAGUAUUUGCUCAAAUCACGGCGGCAUAUCCUCUUCGUGGCGAGGCAGGCGGUGUGACCGCAGUCCUCUACCCUCAUCGUCGCAUCAAAAUUUCGUCGCUGCUUCCCCCGGCGGAGACAAUCAAAAGCAGUACGUCGGAGGAUAAGAUAACGGACAAGCGUGGUGAUGUCGUGGCCAGUUUCGAAGAAGGCGCACCUGAGCCCGCGCCCAAGGACCACUACGAACCCACGUCUUUCCUACGGAAAUAUCCGGUCAGUUUGGUUAGUGUGGAAAAUCUGACGGAGGAGCCGUAUGACAAGAAGAGCGGAAUUAUUCGCGCCGUGACCAGUGAGAUUGUGAACGUGUGCAAGGAAAUCGCCACCUUGAACCCUCUGUUCCGCGACCAGAUUUCAGCAUUAUACACCGAUCAAUUCCCCGGAAACCUCAGUGAUGAGCCCGCCAAGUUGGCGGACUUUGCUGCUGCCGUUUCCGCGGGCGAAUUGCAUGAGAUGCAGGAAGUGCUCGAGACCAUGAAGAUGGAGGACCGACUUCCCAAGGCCCUGGUUGUCUUGAAACGAGAGUUGAUGAAUGCACAGCUACAGUCCAAGAUUACCAAGGACGUCGAGGCCAAGAUUCAAAAGCGUCAACGGGAAUAUUGGCUGAUGGAGCAAAUGAAGGGUAUAAAGAGAGAGCUGGGGAUUGAGUCUGACGGCAAGGACAAGCUGGUGGAAAAAUUCAAGGAGAAGGCGGAAAAGCUCGCAAUGCCGGAGGCUGUCAAGAAGGUCUUUGACGAGGAGAUCAACAAGCUAGCACACCUGGAACCUGCUGCCUCCGAGUUCAACGUCACCCGCAACUACCUGGACUGGCUGACCCAGAUUCCUUGGGGCCAGAAGAGUGUGGAGAACUUUGGCAUCAAGAAUGCGGUGACUGUCCUGGAUGAGGAUCACUACGGUUUGAAGGACGUCAAGGAUCGCAUCCUGGAAUUCAUCGCGGUGGGGAAGCUUCGAGGAACUGUUGAAGGAAAGAUUCUUUGCCUCGUCGGGCCGCCUGGUGUUGGUAAGACCAGUAUCGGCAAGUCGGUGGCGCGCGCCUUGAACCGACAGUACUACCGCUUCUCCGUGGGUGGCUUGACCGAUGUUGCCGAAAUCAAGGGUCACCGACGGACCUACGUGGGUGCUUUGCCCGGACGCAUCAUCCAAGCCCUUAAAAAGUGUCAGACCGAGAACCCACUGAUCCUCAUUGAUGAGGUGGACAAGAUCGGGCGCGGUCAUCAGGGCGACCCAUCUUCUGCUUUGCUGGAACUUCUUGAUCCCGAGCAGAAUUCUUCAUUCUUGGACCACUAUAUGGAUGUCCCCGUGGAUUUGUCCAAGGUUCUCUUUGUCUGCACGGCCAACGUCACCGACACCAUCCCUCGGCCGUUGUUGGAUCGGAUGGAACUCAUCGAACUGUCAGGCUAUGUGGCAGACGAGAAGAUGGCCAUCGCUCAACGAUACUUGGCCCCUGCUGCUCGGGAGCUGACUGGAUUGAAGGAUGUCGACGUGAACCUCGAAGAGGAUGCCAUCGAGGAACUAAUCAAGUCCUAUUGCCGCGAAAGCGGUGUCCGCAACCUCAAGAAGCAAAUCGAGAAGGUGUACCGGAAGGCAGCAUUUAAUAUCGUCCAGGACCUGGGCGAGGAGGUGCUGCCGGAAGAGGCGGCGCUGACUGACGAGGAAAAAGCCGCUCAGGAGGAGUCGAAGGAGCAUGAACCGUCUGACCCUGCCGAACUUCCUCACGAGCCCGAGAAGUCCACGACCGAAACUCCCCGCCUUGCCCUCCAGGUUCCUGACAGCGUGCAUCUCAAAAUCGCCAAGGACACCCUGAAGGACUACGUUGGGCCCCCGGUCUUUACUGCCGACCGUCUGUACGACCGGUUCCCCCCCGGUGUCACCAUGGGUCUUGCAUGGACUAGCAUGGGUGGUGCAGCCCUGUACGUCGAGUGCAUCCUGGAGAGCACAUUGACUCACCAGUCGCGGCCGGGACUCGAAAUCACGGGUAAUCUGCAAAACGUCAUGAAGGAAUCCUCGCACAUUGCCUACUCGUUUGCCAAGUCCGUAAUGGCCCGGCAAUUCCCUGAAAAUCAGUUCUUUGAAAAGGCCAAGGUGCAUUUGCAUUGUCCCGAGGGAGCGGUUCCAAAGGACGGCCCCUCUGCCGGCAUUACCAUGGCGAGCUCACUGCUGUCUUUGGCCCUAGAUCACUCUCUUGAGCCAACUGUUGCUAUGACCGGAGAAUUGACGGUCACGGGCAAGGUCCUGCGCAUUGGCGGCCUGCGGGAGAAGACGGUGGCUGCUCGUCGGGCUGGCGCGACCAAGAUCAUCUUCCCUGCCGACAACACGUCCGACUGGCUGGAGUUACCUGAGAACAUCAAGAAGGGUAUCGAGGGCCACCCGGUGAGCUGGUACUCGGAAGUGUUUGAUAUCCUUUUCCCCAAUCUCGACCAGAAUGCUGCGCGUACAACCUGGCAAAAGGCUCUUGCCAAGCCAUCCGAGAAGGGUGACCGAGAAGAUGAUGCGUGA